AUGAGCCCAACUCAUAAAGCUGAGCAAUCACUCUUCCAUAAUCCAGACGAGGACAUUUCUGGGGAUGUGCAUUAUCCAUUAAAUCAAAUUUUAAAGGUUCAUCAUUUUGAUUUCUUCUUGCCAGAUGUUGGAGAUCACAAUUUCUGCCGCAACCCAGAUGGUUCAGAGAAGCCCUGGUGCUAUGUCUCCGUGUCCGAUGGAGCAACCAGAAAAGAAGCCUGUGAUAUUAGGACAUGCCAAGACCAAAACUCCACAGAAGCCACGGCUCCAGAAGAGUCGGUCCCCACUCAGGGACUCACCCCAAGGAUGGUGGAGACCUUCGAAAACGCUGACUCCUUCCCCUCGCAGGUGGAGGGUGCGGCGGUGCAGCCCGUGAAGGGAGUCCAACAGCAGGUCAGGAGUGGACCCAAGAAGAAGAAAGACCUUGGGACUCUCGGUUAUGUUCUGGCCGUCUUCAUGAUGGCCAUUAUCAUCCUACUUGGAGGUGGCAUCACAAUGGGAUACUUCUACAAACGGGGUCGUGACCUCAAGAAACAGCACGAGCAGCGGGUUUACGAGCGUGAGAUGCAUCGCAUCACUCUUCCUCUCUCAGCCUUUGCCAACCCCACCUGCGAGCUGGUGGACGAGAACACCAUCGUCAUCACGGCUGAACCCAACAACCAGACCCCCACUCAGGAGCCCGUCGAGGGGGCCGACCCCCUCAUGGGGACAGCAGGGACCCCCGGAGCCUGAUGGAGGAACAGGAUGAACGCCUGUAAAGGCGUCUUGUUAAGACAUGUCUAUGCAGUAUUGCAGAAUCUCAGAGGACCAAACCCCAUGUCCACCUUCCCUCUGCCUGUCGUCUCUUUUCUCUUUACCUUGCCUUUACAGCACGGUUUCACAGUAAAGGUAGGGCAUAUGCCUUGAGAGAGCAGUGGAAAGCUUUUUUUUUUGUCCCAGACGGUGUCCUUAUUUCCUUAACAAAGUUGUUGGGGAAAGUAGGACAUGUGGGGAUACACUGGAAAA